AUGGUACCUAGUCGAAGCAAUUCAAAAUCAAGAAAUAAUAUUCAAGAGUUGCCAGAUCAUAUGGUGAGUAAAAUUGGCAAGGGGGUAAUCAAUCAACUAUCAAGUGGUUCACUGACUAUCGAAUUUAUGGUUAACAGUGCAAAAACAAAAGUAGCCAUAGAAGUAGAAACCUCAGCAUGCGCAUCAGUGAUAAACAAAACAGCAUAUAGGCAACUAUUUAAUAAUUUUUUGUUAAAUAAAGUAAAUUUCAAGUUUAUGUCUGUCACAGGAGAAAUUAUUUAAGUUAUAGGUAAAUUGAUNCACUGACUAUCGAAUUUAUGGUUAACAGUGCAAAAACAAAAGUAGCCAUGGAAGUAGAAACCUCAGCAUGCGCAUCAGUGAUAAACAAAACAGCAAGGCAACUAUUUAAUAAUUUUUUGUUAAAUAAAGUAAAUUUCAAGUUUAUGUCUGUCACAGGAGAAAUUAUUUAAGUUAUAGGUAAAUUGAUUUAUUUUAAAUGUGUAUUUCUGCAAUAAGGUUGCUAAUGUAUUUGAAUUAGAAUCACUGCUGGUUAUAGAUAGUUAAAAAAAGUAUAACACUGUUUUUAGGUCAUUCAUUGCUUUAUAGAUUGGUAGGUACCUAAAUUGAGAGAUAUUACUUCUAAAAUAAACAAUGUAGCUUUGAGAAAUAAUAUAUUACAAUUAGAUUUUAUCUAAUUUUAAUUUAGGUUUCCUAGUGAUAAGUUCAAAGCUAGAUAAGAGUAUAGAAAUUUUAAAGGAGAAAUGGUUUUAAAACCCAGAGCCAAGUCGAUAUUUUAUGAAUUGUAUACAGUUUCCUUUAGUUUAAAGACAAAGUAAAUUUAAAGAUAGACAGUUUAGUAGAGAGUAAAAUAUUAGAACCAAUAAAAUUUAGUGAAUGGGCAAGUCCUAUAGUUAUAGUGCUGAAACAAAAUGAGAAUUUAAGAAUUUGUAUAGAUAGCAAGGUAAGGUUAACAAUAAACAAAAUGAUCAAGACAGAACAUUACCCUCUACCUAGAGCUGAUGAAUUGUUUGCUAGUUUGGUGGACUGUAAAAUAUUCUGUGUAUUAGACUUAAUGGCUUAUCAACAAUUAAAUGUAGUACAAAUUUUUAAAUAA